CAUUCACUCCGUACGGUAUAAUGGAGUUGUAUACAGUGGAUAUUGUGGAGUUGUAUCGAUUACGUGCCCUUGACUCUAGACAAUAUUUGAUCGAGAAACUAAAUCUAGAUGAAGCCAAAGCCACUUGGUUGCUGUCCAUCUUAAAGGAUCCAGAAAAGUGGAAGAAUUGGUUUCUUAACUUUACCAACGAUGUGAAGCUUUCAGCAUCUUUAAGGAAGGAACUUGCAUUACUUGUAGUAGAGUCUUGCACUACUCUUCCUUUGGGUUUUCAACAAGCUAUACAAACGCAGAUGGAUGCUGUUCGAAGCGAGUUUGCUUGUGUUGGAAAUCUUCUCGAGUUCGUUGUGGGCAAUUUCUAUUGGGAAGAUUGUUUUCAAGAAAACAUUAGAGUUAGGGGUAUGCAGGAGAGAAAGAAUUACACGGAAUAUCGAUUGUUGGACCAGUUGAGCGACAAAGUUACGUUACGUAAAAGACAAAGAAGCAAAACAGAAGACUUGAACGAAGCAGAGAGUCUAAAGAGAGGUAGAGAGUCUCGUAGAGUAAAGUCCACUAUAUACGGAAAGGAUUCUAACAAGGAAGGAACGAGUAGCAAGAAGACGUCCUCAGAGUCGACAAUUGCUCAUUCAGACCAUUUAGUUAAUCACGUAGAAAAGUCUUCGAGUAAUUUUAUAUCGGAUGAUAAGACUACAUCCGAUAGAUAUUCCAAUGAUACAGAAGAUAGCUACCAACUGAAAGCUUCCUACAGACGAGAUCCCUUUCGAAUGGCCGAAUUUAUAAAGAAAACAAAAUGUUUUUCUUGUUGCCAGUCGAGUACCUUUUCAUUUUUGAAGGAGAGCAAUCAACCCGGUUCAUCUAGUUUAGACACCGAAAGGAAUGUUGCUACUAUUGAAGAACCUGAUGAUGGUAUGUCUUGGCAACCAGAACAGUUUGACGUAUUUUCUUGUGUUCCAGAUGUUCCUCUUAUAUAUUCAAAAGUUGGAAUGAACCAGUGUGGACAACUUUGUCUGGAUGAAAAUAGCAGUCUAUGGAAUACUAGCUCUGAAGUAAUGAAGAAUUGUAGAAGAUUAAUGAACGUGUACCAAAUGAAAGAAACUUUUGAAAAUUAUUCAAAUGGAAACGAUUCAGACACCUUAGAUGAGUUGAUUUCUUCUCCCAUUUUGUCCAAUACAGAACUUUUAGACUCCAAAGAUGAAGGAUAUGUUCCUCGGGAAGGUUACUCGCUUCAUCAAGUUAUUACGCAAGAAGUAGAAGCUGAAAAGUAUCCUCCUCAGUAUGAAUGGCAACUUGUAAGAAGUUUCAUGUGUAGUAUUUUUAUGCAAAUAGGAUUCACUCAUUGCAGCCAACAUGCCAUGGAUUUGAUGACCGACAUGUUACUUGAAAAGUUUCAGAAGCUUGGUAGGCUUUUAUGUGGCAUGAGAGACUAUGACGGCUCCUUUUGUAAAGACCAAGAAAUAACUUGUCCCAAACAAGUUGUUUGGUAUAUGAAUAAUAUACUGGAAGAAGAUCCUUUGAAACAUUUAUUACACUGUUUAUAUCGCUGUGGUUUUGUAUUUAGGGUUCAGGAUUUGUUAUAUUACUACUCCGUAGAUUUGCCUUAUUUAUCCAAUACGAUUCUACAAGUAGAAAAAGAGUGGAAGAAAAGAUUUGAGCACUUAAAGAAAUAUUCUGAAGAGCCCAAUUCAUAUAUUACCAAAGUGAAGUCGAAUUCAUUUUGUGAGUAUGAUGUUUCGGAAUCUGACGAAAACAGUGCGUUUGGAGAAGAUGGACAGUUGGUUGAACCAUUUCGUUGUUUUGGAUAUAUAGGAAAUAACUCUUAUUUGGAUAUUCUUAAGCUACACUCUCUUCAAGGUUAUUUGCAGGUUCCUCCGAAAAUUAUAUUUGCAUCGCAGUCUACUAACAGCUUGGAAUAAAACAAUUAUAUAUUGUGAGGUUUCAU